AUGUUUCAAUUUUUCGUUAAUACCUUCUCCAAUACUGCUAGCAUCUCUGCUAAUCUAAAUGAUCAAGACGCUCGUCUAUUUUUGUCUUCUGCAAUUUGUGGGCUUACCUUAAUAUGGUUUGCAUUUAUGUUUACCAAGAAAUCAAACAAGAAACAGCCACCAUUGCCACCAGGACCUAAACCAUUGCCUCUAGUGGGAAAUCUCUUGUCCCUUGAUCCUGAACUUCCCGCAUACUUCACAAACUUGUCCAGAACCUAUGGUCCAAUCAUGACUUUUUGGCUUGGCAAAAAGGCAGGAAUUGUCAUUAGCACUCCCAGAUUGGUGAGGGAAGUGCUAAAGGAUCAAGACACCACAUUUGCCAACCGGGAUGUGCCCGCGGCCGCCAGGGAAAUCGCUUACGGUGGCUCAGACAUUGUCUGGACACCAUAUGGACCGGAGUGGAGGAUGCUGAGGAAGGUUUGCGUUCGUGAAAUGUUGAGUUGUGCUACUUUAGACACCGUUUACGCCCUCAGGCGCAAUGAACUUCGACAGAUGAUCAAGUACGUUCACAGCCAAGCUGGAAAACAAGUAAAUGUGGGUGAGCAACUUUUUCUGAGUGUGUUAAACGUGAUUACUAACAUGUUGUGGGGUGGUACAGUGAAAGGAGAUGAGAGGGCCGGUGUUGGAGCCGAGUUCAGGAAAGUGAUUACUGAGAUCACUGGAUUUCUGGGAAUGCCUAAUCUGUCAGAUUUUUAUCCUGGUUUGGCUAGAUUUGAUCUGCAAGGUAUCCAGAAAAAGAGCAAGGUUUUGGCUCAGAGGUUUGAUGCAAUAUUUGAGAAGAUGAUAGCGCAAAGGCGACUCAAUGAUAAUGGGAGCGAAAGCAAGGACUUUUUGCAGUUCUUGCUGCAGCUGAAAGGUCAAGGAGAUGCCAGGACGCCUCUUACAAUGACUCACAUUAAAGCUUUACUCAUGGAUAUGGUGGUGGGAGGGAGUGACACGACCUCGAACACGGUCGAAUUCGCAUUGGCUGAGAUGAUGAACAAACCAGAAGUUCUGAGAAAAGUUCAAGAAGAGGUUGACAGAGUAGUAGGCAAAAACAGGGUGGUUGAAGAGUCUGAUAUCCCAAACCUCCCAUACUUAUAUGCAGUCAUGAAAGAACAACUGCGUUUGCAUCCAGCCCUUCCACUUCUGGUGCCUCAUUGCCCCAGCGAGACGUGCAUCGUUGGAGGCUACACAAUCCCAAAAGGUGCUCGAGUUUUCAUCAAUGUCUGGGCUAUUCAUAGGGACCCUAGUAUAUGGGAAAACCCUUCUGAUUUUCGGCCUGAAAGAUUUAUCGAUAGCAAGUGGGAUUAUAGCGGAAAUGAUUUUAAUUAUUUCCCCUUUGGAUCUGGACGAAGGAUUUGUGCAGGAACAGCUAUGGCUGAGAGGAUGUUCAUGUUUUCACUUGCUUCCUUGGUCCAUUCUUUUGACUGGAAAAUGGCUGAUGGUGACAACAUAGACCUGGCUGAGAAGUUUGGAAUUGUAUUAAAGAAGAAAACGCCUUUGGUCGCUAUUCCAACCCCAAGAUUGUCUGAUGCAUCUCUAUAUACCUGA